UUUUUGUUCAUCUUUAUUUAAGUUCAUUUAGGUCCAAUUUUCAUCUGAUUCAUCUAAUCAACUAAUUAAUUGAUAAAAGCGAUAAAUGCGUGAUCAAAGGGAUGAUUAUUGGGCUUCUCAGCGUAAACGAAGAGAGGAGAUUGGUACAGAAGGGUGUCCAAAAGUUUGGAAUACUUCACCAAAGAGAGAAUUGGAUAGUGAUGAUGAUGAAGAAGACUUUAAACUUAGACUUCAUAGACGUAAGGCUGAAUCCCAGUCUAGUGAUAGUGAAGUGGAUUUGAAAAGCAAAAGGAGCAAGAAAAGAAAAAAGAAAGACAAAAAACAUAAACACAAAUCUAAAAAAUCGAAAAAAUCUAAGAGAAGUGAUGAACACGCCAGUAGUAAGCACCAACACAAACAUAGAUCAAAAAAGAAAAGACGAAGCAGCGAUAGCAGUAGUGAUGGCUAUAGUUCUGAAAGCUCUGAUGCAUCAGAUAAAGCUGAUACUGCUCUUCCUAAAGAAUUGAAACCUGUUGGCCCUUACGAGGAAGAACAAGAAUUCUUGAAAGAAGUUAUAGAAAAGCAAAAACUUAAGGGUGAGGAAGCUUCACAGGAUUCCGAUGAUUCACAAAUAGGUCCAUUACCAAAAGGUUCAGUCCAGUUAAAUGCCAAGGAUUAUGGUCGUGCUUUAUUACCUGGUGAAGGAGCUGCAAUGGCUCAAUAUGUUGCAGAGGGUAAACGAAUCCCUAGAAGAGGAGAAAUUGGUUUAACAAGUGAACAAAUUGAAUCUUUCGAGAAUGUCGGCUAUGUAAUGAGUGGUUCUCGUCAUCGUCGUAUGGAAGCUGUUCGUUUAAGAAAAGAGAAUCAAAUUUAUAGUGCUGAUGAGAAGCGAGCUUUGGCUAUGUUUAACCGCGAAGAACGACAAAAACGUGAAAGUAAAAUUUUAUCACAAUUCAAAGAGAUGAUAAAAUCUAAGCAUGACAAAUUAAAAUGAAUCUCAUUUUCAUUUAGUCGAUUGUGUUAUUUUGUAUAUUUUGUGCAAUAACUCAUUAUCAUUGUUAUAAUGUAUCUAGGGAUCAUCGUCAUAGCUAUCAUAUAAAAGUAUAAAUAAAAUGAAUCAUUGUAAAUCUGUA